AUGGUAACGGCAAACAUUAGGCUCGACGCCUCCAAGCCGAUACUGUCAUCCUGUGAUGUCCUCACUGGCACAGUUAUUGUUGACUUGGAUAAAGACACUGCUAUAGAGGACAUUACGCUCAAACUCAAGUGCGUUGCAAGCACUAGAGUUAGCUAUACGAAAAAUGACAACAAGAACUCUCAGCGGGUUGCAGAAAGUGAGAUUGUUAUUUUCAAUUCGCAAAAAAUUCUGUUUCCUAGCAAAGAGCUCAAGUCCAAAACUUCCGGCAAAGGGUUCACGCUAAAGCACGGCCGGCACACAUACAAGUUCGCCAUAGGAUUCCCUAAGGACGAACGAGGCCAGCCAAAGUUCUUGCCGCCCACUGUGACGGAUAAAAUGGGUAGAUACAGGAUUGCACAUUUAUUGAAAGUUACAGUGCGAAGAAGCUCGAUGUUCAAAGCCAACUAUCGCACUGAUCUGCCUGUGAUUUACAGUCCUUGCAUGGAGAUAAGUGUGUUGUCGGAUCCACGGCGACAAAGUGCUACACAGCACGCAAACUUCACGAUGAAGGCUCCAAGAAAGGGGGGAUUCAAGUCAAUUUUCAGCUCAACCAAGCUAGAUGACGUCGAAUUUUAUGGUGAGUGCACAUUCCCCCGUUAUGGGCUCGCCCAAGCUCCGCACCCAAUGCGUUUGAACUUCAAAGUUUCAGCCUCGAAGCACGUGAUUAUAAGAGAUAUGAGUGUGAAGCUGGAGGAAAUCACACAGUGGAGAGCUCGCGGCAACGACCAGGCACUUCAUGAAGAGCAGAGUGUUGUGUUGCACGAUUUGGUUUUCGAAACCAUCAACAAAAAGGGUUCUACGUUCCAACUAUCAAGGCUUAUUGACGAUGUUGUAUGUCCUGUGUAUUUGGUCCCAUCUUUCAGCUCGCAGACUGUUGAUCGCCGUUAUAUUCUCGUUGCUGCUGUGACAGCAUCUAACCCUGAGAAUCCUGCCAAUGUCGCUCAGCUAGUUGUGAAGGCCCCAAUCAACGUCUUACCUCCUCAGCUUGACGAUCACAGUGCUCCUACAAUGCCGCCGACUUUCCAAGCUCAGCCCGUCGCAUCCGUUAAUGUCCCAAGCUCCUCUACCCAGAUACCACAACCGGCAGACGAGCUACCUACCAAGCACGAGAAGAUGGAGUUGUCUGAACCCCCACCUUACUCUGUCUAA